GAAGAAUCUAUCGCUUUGCACAAGAUCUGUGAACCUACUCAAAACUUCUCAGCGCACACGCGACGGGUUGAGAUUCCCCAUAGUCAUGGACGUUUUCCAACACUUCUGAAGGAGAAGGGAUCCAUGGCACCAGCAGCAGAUAGGCGCAGAGAUCAUCUGGAGCUUCUUCAAAUUGGAUUCAAUCAGGACACAACAUGCUUUGCGUGCGGCACAAACUCUGGGUUCAGAGUUUAUAACUGUGAUCCUUUCAAGGAGACGUUCCGCAGAGACUUCAACAAUGCUGGGAUCGGUGUUGUGGAGAUGCUCUUCCGCUGCAAUAUCUUGGCCCUCGUUGGUGGUGGAAGUGCACCACGUUUCUCACCAAAUAAGGUCAUGAUAUGGGACGACCAUCAGGGCCGCUGCAUUGGAGAACUCAGCUUUCGCAGCCAGGUUCGAGCUGUGAGGUUGCGCCGCGACAAGAUCGUGGUGGCGCUCGAACACAAGGUCCUCAUGUACAACUUUGCAGACCUGCGCUUGGAGCACUCGAUAGAGACCUUGAGCAAUCCCACGGGGCUUGUUGCGCUGUCACCCUGCCCUGAGCACAAUGUCUUGGCCUGCCCUGGACUCCAUUGCGGACAGGUGAGAGUGGAACUCUACGACGUCCGCCGCACAAAAUUCAUCCAAGCGCACACAAGCGCCCUGGCAUGCAUAGCGCUGAGCCAAGACGGCAAAAUGCUUGCAACGGCGUCAGAGAGGGGGACGCUCGUCCGCAUCCACUCCACUACUGAUGGCACCAAGUUGCAGGAGUUGCGAAGGGGAGCGGACCCAGCCUGUGUCUUCAGCAUAGCAUUUUCCAAAGGGGAGCGGCCUCACUGGCUAGCACUGUCAUCAGACAAGGGCACUGUGCAUGUGUUCUCUCUGGACCAGCGGCAGCCAUCAUCAGAUGUGGGCACCACAGCAGGCACCAGCGAUGCAGGCUCCUUGCGAAACCCCGUCUCUCCAUUCUCGUUUGUCAGCGCAAUCUUCCCUGUCUCAUACUUUGCCUCUGAGCGGUCCUUUGCUCAGUACCGCCUGCCAGAGGACGUCCGCAGCACAGUGGGCUUUGGGCCACAGCCAAAUACGCUUGUCAUAGUGUCUGCGUCCGGCUCAUUCUACACGGCUGCAUUUGAUGAGCAGAAGGGCGGGGUGUGCCAGCAGCUUUCCUUCUGCAAGUUCUUGGAGCUGGAUCAGGAGGACUGAUGGCAGCAAAUGAUGGAUCAGGCUCACAGCACCUCUAGCAAGAGCCCAAGAUCCAUUCUUGACUGGGAAAAACAAGUCUGCUUUAUACCUCAGUGUGUUGUCGGUUUUUGUUAGUGAUCUGACUGAUCAGUUGCAGCGCUAGCCUUUGCCUUUCCUCUGCCUUUCCUACAGUACGCCGUCCAGAGCUUUACACUAAUGUAGAGCAUUAACUUACUUGUGAGUAAAAGUCUGCAAGUCCAACCAGCCACUGAGUGUGGAAUUUUAGGCAGCGCUGCUGAGUAAUUAACGUUUAUAAUCGAUGCUGUACCCUAUAAUCUUGCAGUGCUAUCAUGAUCAUGUCACAAGAUGUGACUCAC